AUGCACGCCCCCACAGGUGGAGGUGGCUAUGGCGGGCACGUCCAGCCCCAGAUAACGAGCACAGCGCCGCAGGUGUUCGUCUCGCGUCGCCAGCAACAGCAGCAAGCCGCCGCCAGCGCAGCUGCAUCGCCUCACCUCUUCCCGCUCCAACAGCCAGUUGGGUGGAGCGAGCCUGCCAGCCAAGCGGCCGUCUACGCGCACCCGCAGUACCCGCCGGCGCACCUGGUACACCGUACAACGCCUAUGCCUCGCCCUACCUGCCCCAGCUGUCGGCCUCCCAGCAGCACCAGUACCUGCUCCAGCAGCAACAGCAGCAAAUGCUGA